AUGUCGUCGUCUCCCUCAUCGGCGAAACGGAAGCGCAGCUCCUCGCACCUACACGCUGCAUCCAGCGCACCAACUCCAGUGCCAGCAGAGCUUCUUCAGCCAACCUCCCGCGACGCAUCUGGCGAAGAUGCUGGCGAUUCGACCGCCGCCACAGCUUCUCCGACCUCGAAGCACAAGAUAGCUGCUCUGUCGCGUGAUGGAGCUGAUGUUCCGCCCACUAAACGGGCUCGGAGACGGUCUGUUGUGGCCGAGGACCCGAAGCAUAGAUCUGAAGACAAUCAAGACCCAAACAACUUUUCGACAAGCAAUGUCGACCCCGGUGAGCCGUCCGAGACCACGGAGGCGAGCAUUGAUAUCGAAAAUCGUGCAAAGCGGCGAGCGGGGUCGCGACAGUCUAUCGUGACACCACCGCAGGUACUGCUAGACGAGCAUACCAAGGUACCUACAUACCCCGGGAUCCAGGAUCCCAAGGGUUAUCACACCAAUCCUCCUCCCACGGACCGGCCGGUGAGAGUAUACGCGGAUGGAGUGUUUGACUUGUUCCACCUCGGGCACAUGCGUCAGCUAGAGCAGGCUAAGAAUUUAAUCCCAAAUACAUAUCUCAUCGUCGGCGUGACCGGUGACGCGGAGACGCACAAGCGAAAGGGUCUGACGGUCCUGAACGAGGCAGAGAGAGCAGAAACUAUACGCCACUGUAAAUGGGUGGACGAGGUGAUUCCAAACUGCCCUUGGAUCGUGAGCCCCGAGUUUCUCGAAGAGCACGAGAUUGAUUAUGUGGCGCACGACGACUUGCCUUACGGAGCUGAUGAAGGAGACGACAUCUAUUCUCCAAUUAAACAAAUGGGCAAAUUUCUCGUCACCCAGAGAACCGAGGGUGUCAGCACUACGGGCAUCAUCACAAAGGUUGUACGCGACUACGAUAAAUACAUAGCUCGACAGUUCAAGCGAGGAGCUUCUAGACAGGAGCUGAACGUUUCCUGGGUGAAGAAGAACGAGCUCGAAAUCAAACGACACGUAACGGAACUCCGCAACGCUAUCAAGAAUAACUGGUCAACCACUGGCCAAGAAUUGAGCAAAGAGCUCCGUCACCUGUGGCAGAACAGUCGGCCUACUAGCCCUACACGACAAGAAGGCGGCCAUAACUGGGGUUCCAACCCGGCAAUUCCUAGCAACCAAAGCAUAUUUUGGCCGACAGGUGGAAGGUCCCAUUUACAAGCCGAUACUCCCAGCAGACCAGAAAGCCCAGGAGUGGCCGGUAGAAGCGAAGACUUUGCUACCGGCUAUAGCUUAGGGCUGAUUGGCGGGGUUCGAUCAUGGCCGGUAGAGACAACUGCUUGUUACCACAAAUUGAAGCUGAAGCUGAAGCUGAAAGAUAGAACCUCAUCCUCCGUGGUCUGCUACCCCCACGCAGAUAUCCUCGGAUAUCCCUUUACCAUCCUAUCUCUCUCUCUCCCUUCCACUUCCUACGCCUCCGACGCGAUGUCGAGCUCUAAACACAAUGCCGAACAAGCGUCGUCCUCCAGUUUAGCCCAAACACAGGGCGAGGAACCAUUAACAAACAGUGAUGAACCCAUGAACGCGCCUAUUGAAGAACGUACUGCGACGAAUGGUUCAAGCCAAAGUCAUGAACCCAGCUCGAGAGAUCCUGCAAAGUCCUCCCAGUUGCUCCUGAAAUUGUGGCAGAUGUGGUUACAGGGCAAGGGUAUGGCUCUAGUAUUACUCGCCCAGUUCUUUGGUGCUUCCAUGAAUGUUAUGGCGCGGAUAUUAGAACAAGAUGGCCCCCAUGGCAAAGGCAUGGCUCCUUUCCAGAUUCUACUUGUUCGAAUGCCUGCAACGGCAAUGUUCAGUUUCAUGUACAUGUGGUAUAUGAAGGUGCCUGACCCCUUCGCCUCUUGCUAUGCGGCAUCCCUCGUCAUGCCUAACGAGAAGUUCACAAGGAGCCAGCAAUUAGCCGGAGUUAUAUCGAUCUUUGGGGUGGUCCUUAUUGCACGGCCAAUGGCUCUCUUUCCGGGGAGCCCAAAGCCAAGUUCUGUGAAUCACGAUCCCGACUUGGAACAGCAUCUUCUCGCAGUUGCGGCUGCGCUCGUGGGAGUGGUAGGAGCAACGGUUGCGUAUACCAUGAUCCGUAAGAUUGGGCGCCGUGCUCACCCUCUUGUGAGCGUCAAUUACUUCGCUCUUUCAACCUCCGUUAUGUGCUUGAUUGCAGUCCUUGUCAUCCCCUCCGUCAGCUUUAGACUCCCAUCCAAUCUCAUGGAGCUCUUCCUACUCAUCAGCUUGGGCCUAUGCGGAUUUGUCUUCCAGUACCUUUUGACUGCUGGUCUUUCAUACGUCCCCCCAACAAGCGAUGGGAAACCUUCCACCCAUGGUUCCAAGGCUACGUCUAUGUUGUAUUUGCAGAUAAUCUUUGCACUCUUCUAUGACAAAGUGAUAUGGAACACAACACCUUCCCCUACCAGCUGGCUGGGAUCAACUAUCAUUCUUCUAAGUGCGUUAUAUGUGGCACUUUCAGCUAGGAACGAUGAAAAGGUCGACAGUAGCAAGGGAGUAAAGCCCGCGGAGCCUAUUUGCCAACAUCCUGAAAACCUCAGUGGUGAUCAUGACGUCGAGAAUCAAGCGUUGCCAAAACGGUGGACUGCUCAGGACCAUGCGUUAGCCGAUGAGGGUGAAACCGAGGCUCUGCUAAGCCACCGUCAGCCAUAG